AUGUCCUCUCCGAUAAUCUUCUUCCGCCCUGCUAUCCUCUUCCGUUAUCCUCUUCCGCCUCGCCUGCUAUCCUCUUCCGCCUCACCUGCUAAUCCUCCUUCCGUCUUCCGCCUGCUAUCCUCUUCUUCCGAUAAUCCUUCGCCUCGCCUAUCCUCUUCCGCCUCGCCUGCUAUCCUCUUCCACCUCAAUCCCUUCCGCCUCGCCUGCUAUCCUCUUCUGCCUCACCUGCUACCUCUUCUGCCUCCCCCUGAUAAUCCGAUAAUCUUCUUCCGCCUCACCUCGCCUCUUCCAUAUAUCACUGCAUCCUCGCUCACCUGUUAUCCCUCUUCCGCCUCGCCUGCUAUCCUCUCUUCCCCGCCUCGCCUGCUAUCCUCUUCUGCCUCACCUGAUCUCCUUCCGCCUCGCCUGUUAUCCUCUUCCGCCUCGCCUGCUAUCCUCUUCCGCCUCCUUCCGCCUCGCCUGCUAUCCUCUUCCGCCUCGCCUGCCUAUCCUAUCCCUCCCGCCCUCGCCUGCCUAUCCUCUUCCCGCCUCGCCUGCAAUCCUCCUUCCGCCUCGCCUGCUAUCCUCCGCCUCACCUGCUAUCCUCUCCGGGCCUCACCUGAUCCUCUUCCCUCACCUGAUAAUCUCUUCCGCCUCACCUGCUUCCUCUCCUGCCUCAUCCAUUUCUUCCGCCCGCCAAAACCUGCCCGCCUCUUCCGCCUCACAUGCUAA